AGGUACCGAGUCUGACAGCAGCACGUUAAAGCGCCAUGGAGGAUGAGGACCUGAAAUCUGCCAUCAACGUCGCCUGGGUGCUCCUGUGCACCGCGCUUGUCUUUUGGGAGCAGGCCGGCUUUGCCAUGUGGGAGGCGGGCUGCCUCCGCUCGACCAGCUUGCACUCAAUCCUUCUGAAGAACAUGUGCGACGCCGCCAUCGGCGCCGCGGCUUUCUUCACCCUCGGCUACGCCAUCGGCUUCGGUGGAGGCGCCGACCACAAAUUCGCCGGCAACGACAAGUUCUUUCUCAAGGGCGUGGCUAUUGACGACUACCACAUCGUCUUCUUCCAGUGGGCCUUCGCCGCCACCGCAGCCACUACCGUGAGCGGCUGCAUGGCGGAGCGCACCCAAUUUGCCGGCUACCUGAUCUACUCCUUUUUCGUCACCGCCUUCAUCUACGCUGUCCCCUUGCACUGGCUGUGGGCCGACGCCGGCUGGCUGUGCGCGUGGGGCGACAACGCCGCCUUUGGCUACGGCAUGAUCGACUUCGCCGGCUCCGGCAUUGUGCACAUGCUGGGCGGCGCCGCGGGGCUGGUCGGCUCGUAUGUCGUGGGCCCGCGCGCGGGCAGGUUCACGGACAAGGGGCCGGUGCAGAUCGAGGGGCACUCGAUCACCCUCACGACGCUCGGCGUCUACUGCCUCUGGUUUGGCUGGUUUGGCUUCAACGCCGGCUACACGCUCGAACCCUUACGGGGCGGGGCAUUCAUCGGCAUCGUUUCCGGGGGCCGUUUUUUUGCGGCUUGUGGGCGGCUGCACGAGCGGCUUCGGAUCGACGACCCCGUGCACGCCGGCGCGGUGCACGCGUGGCCCGGCUUCUGGGGCUGCAUCGCGUCGGGCCUCUUCGCGUGGCCCAAGCAGGUGGCCACGCUGGGCUACGUGGGCGGCGGCGGCCUCUUCUACACGGGCCACGGGGGCCAGUUCGGGACCAACGUGCUCGGCACGCUUGUCGUGCUGGCUUGGACGGUGGCCACCUCGUCCAUCGUCUUCGGGUCGCUCCAGGCCGCCAAGCUCCUGCGCGUGACUGCGGAGGAGGAGGAGAUGGGCGUCGAUCUCGCCGAGCACCUGCCUCGAGACGGCGUCACGCCUCUCAAGUCCAAGAUGAUGGGCGCCGUGAUGAGGCACCGCGGCAGCGGCAGCGGAGCCUCGUCGCGAGCUUGCGGCGCGAGCGAGACUACCGCAACUUACGCCUGACGAGGGCAUGCGACUCUCGGUGCACGGUGGCUGUGGCAAAGACUGGUGGCCGUGCGGACGCGAGGCUUUGCGGCGGGGCAAGGUGGGGAGGUCGGGCGGACGGGGUGGGUGGGACGGGUGCGGGCGGGGAGGCUCUGUGGCGACCGGAGGGUGGCCGAAGAGCGAGCCACAGGCGAGACGCCUGCAGCCUGCACGCCGUCUCAAAAAGAAGCACGACGUGGGAACGCACGUAAUCCUAGAAGUCGUAGGACUG